AUGUCCAAGACAGUGGGCAACUUCCGCUUCCGGAUCCUCGUGUUCCCGAGCGGCACGCACACUACGGCCGGGCAGCAGGUCAGCGCCUUCGUCGAGGCGGACCCUUUCCCGGACCUGGACCCGAGGUGGGUUUUCAACAGCGUGAAGUACCAGGUCACCAUCGUUAACUGGCUGGACUACCGCAAGAGCGUCACUAAGCACGACAACUGGUCGUUCUCGAGGGAAGGCAUCGACCGCGGCUGGCACGACAUGGUCAGGACGGUGGACCUCACAAAAGAAAACGGCUGGCUGAACUCCAAAAACGAACUCUGCGUACGGGCCUGCUGCCAAGUGAAGAUGGCGGACGGCAUUAGCAUCAACAGCGACUACAACUUCAGGAGGGAAACGGGGUUCAUCGGCCUCAUGAACCAUGGCGCCACCUGCUACAUGAACGGCCUCCUGCAGAGCCUAUUCCACCUCGGGGAGUUCAGGCGCAUAGUCUACAGUAUCGAUUGCGACGAGUCCCCCGACGGUUCGGGCAAGGACGACGCGGCCGGCGAGGCCGACGGGGACGGCAAGUCGCCUUCGCUCAUCUCGGCCUUGCAGAACGUGUUCUACCGGCUUCACACCUCCGACCAGGCGGUGAAUUGCCGGGAGUUGAUGAAGUCUUUCGGUUGGGACACGAUGGAUGCUUUCACGCAGCACGAUGCCCAGGAGUUGAACCGGAUCCUCUGCGACAGGCUGGAGGAGCAGAUGAAGGGCACGCCCAUGGAUGGCUCCAUCAAGAGGCUGUUCGAGGGCGAGAUGGAGAACUACAUCGAGUGCAUAGACGUAGACUACAAGUCCAGACGGAACGAGACGUUCUACGACAUCCAGCUGAACAUCAAGUCCGAGCGGGGGAUCGAGCUGCGCAGCAUCGAGGAAUCCCUUCGCGAGUUCACCGCCGAGGAGGUCCUCGAGGGCGACAACGCCUACGAGGCGGAGGGGCACGGCAAGCAGCGUGCAAAGAAGGGCAUUCGCUUUCUGACCUUCCCGCCCGUGCUGAACUUGCAGCUCAAGCGCUUCCACUUUGACCUCGAGAAGAUGGACAUGGUGAAGCUCAACACGAAGUUCGAGUUCCACAAGAAGCUCGACCUGUCGUCCUUCGCGCCAGGGGCCGGGACCUACAUCCUGCACGCCGUCGUCGUGCACAGCGGCGACGUCAACAGCGGGCACUACUACGCGUUCAUCAAGCCAGACCUGACCGGCCAGAAGGGGUGGUUCAAAUUCGACGAUGACACCGUCACCCCCUGCAGCGAGUACGCGGCGGUGGAGGACAAUUACGGGGGCUCGGACCUGUCCACGUGGAUGUACUUUGACCGCAGCCCCGCGGAACUGCGCCAGGCCGUGUGUCCGGUGAGGCCGCGGAUCCAGAACGCGUACAUGCUCGUCUACAUCAAGGAGGACUUGGCCGGGCAGAUCCUGCAGGUGCCCGAUCCCUCCGAGGUCAACGCCAGGCUCGUGGAGCGCUGCGACCGCGAGGCCCGCCUCGCGGACCAGAGGCGGAAGGAGAAGCUGGAGCAGCAGACGAAGAUCAAGAUCAGGCUGGUCUUCGAGAAGGACCUCGCGAAGAUGACAGGGUUCUGGGAGCACACAGACGUCGCCUACGGGCACACGCUCAAGAUGAGCCGGGACCAGCUCGUCAAGGACCUGGCCGCAGAGGUGGAGACGAUCACGGAGGUGCCCCGCGCCCACAUGGCGAUCUUCUCGCUGCAUCACCGGAACACCCCGCGGCAGGUGCGCUUCGCUCAUAUGGAGCCGAAAGCCAGCCUGAGGAACAGCAUCCCAACCUUCAGCGCGCCGCACUUUGACCCGAGCGACCCCUAUCUGACAGUACUCGUCUGCUUCUCCAAGGGCUACACCAUGGACGCACACAGGUGGAAGCCCGCCAAAGAGAGCGACAAGCCAGACCAGUUGGUGACGUGGCGCGAGGAGCAGCACGUGCUGCUGAUCGUUAAGUAUUUCUGCCCUGUGAACCACAAGCUUGUGACGCUGGGGUGUACCUACAUCAGCACCGCGGAUCCCUUGCUCGUGAUGGUGUCCGAGGGAUGGCUUGGCGAGCGGCUCAAGCCGUACUUGAACAGCAAGGAUGUGGCGCCGCUGCCAGAUGACCCCGACAGCUUCUCCUGGGAGUGUUGGGAGGAGCUCAGCGAGCGGAAUUUCCAGCGGCGCUUGGUCAAGCGCGCAGUCAACCAGGAACAGCUGUGGUCGGGAGACGUCAUCAUUUGGCAGCCUUCCUCGGCGGGGCGGAAGGAGGGCGAGGCCGACCCAGAGGGCGCGACCAUCGCCCCAGACGGGUUGGUCGAGCCCCCCGUGUACUCGAUGGCAAACGUCCAGGACUACGCUAAGAUGCUCGAAAGCGCCGUCGACGUUGUGGUCACGCUGCACGACUUCCGCCAGCCCCUCUGCGUCGACGGCGUCAUCUCCAACGGCGUGUGGGGCCUGCCCCGUCCGCAGUCUGGCGCGCAGAAGGAGGCCGCGGCGCAGAAGGAUGAGCGCCCUGAGGAUGCGGCUCUGGCGCUGAGCCCGGCGACGUUUGAUCCGCCGCGCGAGCAGGAGCUUAAGAUGGACCUGCGCUGGAACAUGCAGAUUGUUACGAGCAGCAUCGUGCGUAAGUUCGGCCUCAAGGCGCCCGAAGCUGCCCCCGGCGCCGCGCCUGGCGAGGCGCCGCAGCUGUGGCUGUUCCACGCGGCCCCAGCGUCUACGUGCGAGGACCCGCUCAACAGCGCCCAGCCCCCGCGGAACGAGCAGACGACGCCAACGACGCUCAAGGACCUCCACCUGCAGCGCACCUUGGCGCCCGCUGGCAAGAAGUCGCUGAGCCUCAGCCUGCACGCUGUCGAGCUGCCCCCAGCAGUCAGCCAGCAGGCGGCGGACCGGUGCCCGCUGUGCAUCCGCUUCUUCGACGACAGUGUUCGGGAGGUGGGCUGCACGGUGGUGACGGUCUCGGAGACGAGCACCAUGAAGGAGGUGCUCGCGGAGGCGGCCCAGCAUCUCCGCCCAGAGUGGGGCAUCGCGCCGCCCCUGCGGGCCCUGGAGGUCGCCGACGGCCGCCUGCACAAGCUCUGGAGGCCCGAGAUGCCGGUGCGCUCGCGCGAGCACGCGAGCGAGUCGCUUGCAUGCUUCAACAAAGCCAACAUACUCUACCACUGCCUGCGCGUGGAGGCGGAGGGCGACGCCACGGCGGCGGAGGCGCAGGGGCACCGCGUGAUCGAGGUCUUCCACUGCGACCGCCAGAGCCAGCAGGCUUUUGCGCAGCCUAUCCUGAUCCCAGUUGCGGCCGGGGAGAAGGCCGGCUCGCUCAAGAGCAGGUGCAGGGACAAGUUGCGCGUGCCCGAGCAGGAGCUCAGGUCCUGGAGGCUCGUCCGUUGCAGCAGCAGGGCGGGCCGCACGCACCUGAAGGACGACGAGCCCUUCGACCAGGACUCAGGGGACGCGCCUGGGGACGCCCGGUACUGCCUGGAGCACGUGCACCCGAACCCGACCAGCAGCUUCGCGCGCCAGUCGAGGUACAACAAGCCCCUGACCAUCAAGUGA